UCGCGCACCGACGCAGGACAACAGUUAGACGACAACAUGCCCAAGAAGCGACGCGCCAACGGCCGCAACAAGCCCGCGGGUGCCCGUGGUCACGUCAAGCGCGUGUUCUGCGAGGCCUCCGGCUCCAUGGUGCCCAAGGACAAGGCGGUGAAGCGCUUCCUCGUUCGCAACAUCGUCGAGUCCGCGGCCAUCCGCGAUCUCCAGGAGUCCUGCGUCUACGACUCCUACGUGCUCCCCAAGCUCUACCGCAAGGUGUACUACUGCAUCUCCGCGGCCAUCCACUCCAAGGUUGUGCGCGUGCGCUCCGUGGAGGCUCGCCGCAUCCGCGAGCCCCCCAAGCGCGUCCGCCCCCAGAGGAAAAAUGACGACAAGAAGUAAGCGGCGGUUGAACCGACAGCGCUUGUGCUUCGCAGUGGGUGGCGACUUGGCGAGGGCUUACGGGAUGUGUGGUGCCUAGACUGAUGCUGCUUAGACAUUUAGGACGCCCGCGCCGGUCGCGUUUGGUGACCUCGGCGUCGUUUGUAACGACGAACACGACGAGGUUGAUUACGAUC